CUGGCUAGGGAUGUCAGGCAUUCAUGGUCCAGGCAUUCAUCGUCCAUUUCGCCCUCUAGGUUCGCCCGCAAAACCCUUCGGAGUCUGGAAUGAGGCUGUCGGACUCGGUGCGGCGUAUGAUACCGUAGCAAGCAACUGGCAGAUCCUUUCUUCGGUCGUCGUGCAUGUAAGGAGUGGAUCAUGUCACCAGCGCUUCGAAAGCUGUAACGGCCAGUCUCGUGCGUCGCGGCCUACCGUAUUGCUGUAGGUGACUACGAGAAUCGGGCUCAAAGGCUACUAUGCUUCGCGGCCUACCGUGUUUCGGCCAGCGCCCGUCCUAGUGUCCUUCACCAUCUCGUCGCCGUUUACUCGUUCCCGGCCUGCUCUUUCGAAGCUCCGGGACUGGAACACAUGGACUGGAUUAGCAUGGAUUCGAGGUGACUUUUGAGUCGACUCAAAAGUCUCUUCGCCGUUUACUCGUUCCCGGCCUGUUCUUUCGAAGCUCCGGGACUGGAUUAGCAUGGAUUCGCCAAGCACGGACCCGUUAAGCAUGGAUUCGUUACUCGUCUCCGCCGUCCCGGCCUCGCCGAACGCCGACAGCCUUCCGCCGAUCAACAGACUACCAGACGAGCUGCUCGCGCACAUCCUCCUCCUCUCCCUCCGCCCCCCCUCCGCCCUCCGCUCCGCCAAGUCGUGCUUUCCGCGCACUGCACUCCGCAAGCGGCCCCUUCCGCUCACCAUCCCCCUGACUUCGCCAGAUCCUCCGCUCGCUAUUCCCCCUCUUCCGCCUCCCCUUCCCAUUCGGAGUCCGCCCCGGAUUCCACAUCCCCUCCCGCGCUGGUCUGCAAGCGCUGGCGCAAGCUCUCCCCCGCCUUCUCCGCUCCGCGCGCCAUGUCGCCCACGCAGAUCCUCCGCGCGGUUUCCCGUCUGCCCUACCUCACGUUUCUGGACCUCCCGCGGGGCGCCGUCGUUGACGCCGUUGACUCUCUUGACUGCGUUGACUCGGCUGACUGCGUUGACUCGCUUGUCUCCAUUGACUCCGGCGUUGACUCGCUACUCCGCGGAUUACCCGCUGCUUGCCCGCAAAUCCGCUCCCUGCGCGUGGCGGAACAGCCUUCUUUCCGAAUGGCGGAGGAGGAGCAACGCGCGGAGUCGUCCUCCGCGGAUUUCGCCGCACUGCCAGCGAUCUCCGCAGCCCUGCUGGACGCGCUCUGUCGCUGCCGCGCGCUCACCCAUCUCCGCCUGAUCACUUCCGCCUCCGGUACUUGGGUCGGUGAUACCGCCGCUUCCGCCGCUUUCGCCAUUGCGGAAGCCGCGGAAGCAUCCUCAGCUCCGCGCGCCAGAUCCGCGGAGGGAAGUCUUUCGCGGGGAGGUUCUGAUGCGCUUCUUCCGCGCCCUAUGCUUCCGCCCUAUGACGCGCCUGCCCCCGCCUUAGAUGUUCUCCACGUGUCAGGAUCUGAUCACAUCAGCUACCUCUCUCCCGCGCUUCCCCGCUUGGAAUGCAUACGUCAGCUCCACGUCAGCAACGUCUCCAGUCUCCCCGACGAGGUCAGCAGCCUGCGACAGCUCAGCAUCUUAGAUAUUAACGCGGAGCGCGAUUUCCGGAGCCUUCCUGACGAACUGUUCUCCAACCUACCGUCUCUAGAAACCCUUCGCUUACGUGGCGCUUCGGAGUUAAUCUCCCUUCCGGAGAGCUUAGGCUCACUUACCUCCUUAAAAGACCUGCUUAUACAGUCCUGCGGGGUGGAAGCCCUCCCUGCCAGCCUGGGGAACCUCAGCAGGCUCACUUCCCUCGUUUUAGUCACAUGCAAGCAGCUGAUGCACCUGCCGGCGUCUAUUAGCGGCCUCUGCUCGUUACAACGACUUAGAGUCUCAGAAUGCGCCAGGCUCGCGCCCCUCCCGGACUGCUUCCAGCGGAUGGUGACUCUAAGGGAGGUGACUAUAUCGGGGUGUGACAGAAUCGCGUCGCUGCCGUCCUCGUUAUUGAGUUUAUCUUGUAUCGAGUCGCUGGAUGUGGAGUUUGACCAUGGACACAUGUUCGCUGGGCUGCCGCAGAAUCCAGAGGCUACGAGGGAGAGGCCGGACAGGAGACAGGCUGUGAGGGCCGCUGUCAGUGGUGGCAGCAGCAGCAGCAGUAGCAGCCGCAGUGGGAGCAGCAGUAGCAGCAGUAGCAGCGGUGGCAGUGGUGGCAGCAGCAGUGGCAGCAGUGGCAGCAGCAGUGGCAGUGGUGGCAGCAGCAGUGGCAGCAGUGGCAGCAGUGGCAGCAGCAGUGGCAGUGGCGGCAACAGCAGCAGCAGUGGCAGCAGCGGCGCUGGGGGGGCUGAAAGCAGCAGUAGCAUUUUCGCUCGGCUGCCGCAGAUUCCAGAGGAAAGGAUGGGUAGGGGGGAUGGUGGGACUGUUGGCAGCAGCAGUAGUGGCACUGGCACUGGCGGCAGCAGCAGCAGCAGCAGCUGGAGUCACAGCGGUGGCAGUGGCAGCAGCAGCAGUGAGGGUGGUCGUCGUGGGAGCAGCAACAGCAGUGGUGGCACUGGUGGUAGGGUCGACAGCAGCAACAACAGCAGUGGUGAUAGUGGCAGCAGCAGCAGCGAUGCAGAUCCCAGUGCAGAUGACAACGCAGAUGACAACGCAGAUGACACGAUCAGCAAGCCCUUAGCUUUACUCAAGUACCUGAAACUCAGCAGCACACGCACCUCUCUCCCUCCGUGGUUGGGGCAUUUACCCUCGCUUCAACACAUUACCCUCGCCUCCUGCUGGAGCCUCCAAAAUCUACCACCCUCCCUGCCCCUCCUCUCUCCCUCCCUCCAAACCCUCCACAUACACCAAUGCAAUUCUCUCACAUCCCUGCCUGAAGAUUUCGGGCAGCUCACUUCUCUCCAGCACCUGGAAAUUCGAAACUGCCCGGCGUUAACCCAUCUACCCGAUUCAUUCCCCAACCUCUCCUCUCUCCAAUCCCUGGAGCUGUCAUCAUGCGGAAAUUUGAUAUCCCUGCCCAGAGAUUUCGGGCAGCUGACAGCUCUGAAGACGCUAAGGCUCACUUGUCUGUGCAAACUCGUCGAGCUGCCCGAGUCCUUUGGGCAGUUGUCACAACUUCAGUCCUUCGAAAUCCAAGGGUGCCCAAAACUUCCCAGUCUCCCACCUCUCUCCCACUGCAUAUCCCUAAACCACCUCCACAUUAUAAACUGCAAGAAUCUUUCUUCACUUCCCCCCAUCCUCCACUCCCUCCUCUCCCUCCAUUCCCUCUCCAUCCUCUCAUGCCCAAACCUCCACUCCCUGCCCGAAACUCUCGGGCAGCUGCCGAAACUAUCGUACCUCGAGAUUCGCAGCUGCAGGUCUCUGGUCUCGCUCCCUUCGUCCCUCUCCCUCCUCUCAACCCUCUCCUCUCUCAAGAUAGCUUGGUGCUGCAAACUCACCUCUCUCCCACCCAAUAUGGAUCACCUUACCUCCCUCACUUCCAUCUCGCUUAUUGGCCUUCCCAGCCUCCGCACCCCCUCCCCCUCUCCCUCGGCUUCUCCGGGCAGAUUUUUCCGGCGUCAGCUGCCCGGAUGCUUUCCGCAGCUGCCCAAGAGCUGCCUGCGGGUUGAAAUUCAUGGGGUGGGCAGGGAGUGGGGAAGGGGCAGAGUGGUUGCAGGAAGUGCUGCUGAGAGGAGUGAUGACCAAGAUACUGUGAGGAGGAGGUCUGGUCUUCUGGCUUUCUUUUCUCCAUCACGCCAGCAGCAGCAGCCGCAACAGCAGCAGCAGCAACACCAGCGGCAACAACAGCGACAGCAGGAGCAGGAGGGAAGGCUUACUCACAUGUGGAAACGCGUAUUUUGUAUUCGAUCUGUCCGGCGGUUCUUGUCGAAUGUGCACCACCACUUGCCCGGCUCGCAUUGACAAGGGAUGGUCACUGCUACCAUUGUCAUGCCUGUCAACCCACACCCCUAAAUUGAUUGGCGCGGUACAGAGAGCUGUGAUGAGGACUAUCUUGGGAGACCAAAGACCUAUUCCGCUGCUUGGGAUGCAUCUUGUCCUUGUUGACAAGUUUUGUCUUGGGAUUUAGGGUCUGGUGAGUUCAAACCCGCAUCCCAAAUUAGGGGCGGCAGCUUUCAAAUGCAUUGAGUUUGAAAGUUGCAGUUUCGUGGGUGUAGAGUGGGGUAACGUGCCUCUCUUCACUCCUGGGCGCUUUCCAAGUUCACUGCACGCAGUAUAAUGGAACUCUGUUGGAACUCUGUGUGUUAAAGACAGCAAAUCCCAUUGGUGACUCUCCUGUACAAUACACUAUUCUUUGGUAU